GAGAGAGAGAGAGAGAGAGUGUGCAAGUGGACCUGGGAUCCUCAGGUGUUCGGCUCCAGUCAUGGCCGGGAAUUCAGAGAAAGUAGCGAUCGCCUCAGCGGGGCCGGAAGACGUGCAGCAGUUCAUGCCUCCGGCUUACUCUACUUUGGCGGUGAAGCCCGCCGCCACCGGGCGCUUCCUCAAGGCCGGGAUGGCGGUGCUGGUCGCCGGGGCCCUGCUGCUGCUGCUGGGGGCCGUCGGAGCCUUUUACUUCUGGAACAACAAUGAAAAACACGUCUACAAUGUCCACUACAGCAUGAGCAUCAAUGGAAAAGUGGAGGAGGGCACGAUGGAGAUCGACACAGAAAACAACAUGGAGACGUUCAGCACCGGCAGCGGGGCGGACGAGGCCGUGGAGGUCCACGAUUUCGAGAUUGGAAUCACUGGGAUUCGCUUCUCAGGCAGUGAGAAGUGCUACAUCAAGACCCAGGUGAAAGCUCACCUGCCCGACGUGCAGACCCUCGACAAGGACUCCAUGACCUUUGACUUGGACGACGAAGUGAUGCCGGCCAGGUUCGAGGACGACCUGGUGUGGGUGGCGGCCGGCGCGCCCCUCUCGGAUUCUGCCUUCCUCAGCAAGAAGAUCAAGGAUUUGUGCGGAGACCUGCCCAUCUUCUGGCUCCGCCCCACCUACUCCACAAGCGGACAAAGGAAGACGGGGGCCGCCUCCCGCCGCCGCCGUCAGGACGUGGAGGCAGAGUUCAACCCCGAGAACCCCUAUCAGAAUAACCUCCAGGGGGAAGACACCAUGAACAUCGACCCCAUGUUGGACCACCAGGGCCUUUGCUGCAGGGAGUGCCGCCGCAGCUACACCCACUGCCAGCGGAUCUGCGAGCCCCUGGGAGGGUACCACCCGUGGCCAUACCACUACCGCGGCUGCAGAGUGGCCUGCAGGGUGAUCAUGCCUUGCAACUGGUGGGUGGCUCGCAUUCUGGGCAUCGUCUAGACAGAAAUUACGGCUUUGUUCCGAGCAAGAUAUCUGGGCAUAAAAGGAGAAAAUAAAUGUGACGCUUGGAAGAUUGGACACAGACUUGUAAACGGCAUUUCACUUUAACAUCUAUUUAGCUGUAGGAUGAAAACGUAUUUAUGAAAAUGUCAUCCGUGCAUUCUCCACUUCCUGUUUGGAUGUACACUACAGGCCACACCUUCUCAUUUCAAUGCGUUUUCUUUAUUUUCACGAGUAUUUACAUUGCGGAUUGUCACUGAAGGCAUCAAAACUAUGACACCUGUGAAGUGGAAACCAUUUCAGGUGACUCUUCAAGCUCAUGGAGAGAAUGCCAAGAGUGUGGAAAAGCAGUAGUAAGAGCUAAGGGUGGCUAUUUUGAAGAAACUAGAGUCAUGAAACAUGUUUUUUUAGUUAUGUGAAAUGAAGUGAAUUAUAUUUAUAUAGCGCUUUUCUCAAGUGACUCAAAGCGCUUUACAUUGUGAAACCCAAUAUCUAAGUUACAUUUAAACCAGUGUGGGUGGCACUGGGAGCAGGUGGGCAAAGUGUCUUGCCCAAGGACACAACGGCAGUAACUAGAAUGGCACAAGCGGGAAUCGAACCUGCAACCCUCAAGUUGCUGGCACGGCCACUCUACCAACCGAGCUAUGUUCAUUCAUAGUUUUGUUGCCUUCAGUGACAAUCGACAAAGUAAAUAGUCGUGAAAAUAAAGAAAACGCAUUGAUUGAAUGAGGUGUGCCCAAACUUUUGGCCUGUACUGUAUAUACAUUUUCUGUCAGCUUCUAGAAACUUCUCAACAAUAUAUGUGACACUUGCAAUUUCUCAAGCCCUUUUCCCACGUGUAAUGUCCUGUAAUCGUUCACCUUUCAUCUAAUGUUACACAAUAAACCUUUUUUUUUAAGUAAAAUUUGUCGCGUCACCACUGUUUUGGGUACAAAUUAGUUUGAAGGUGGGGUUGUA